UUGUUUUUAACAGAUAAAAAUUAAUUUGUAUUUUUUAUUUUUGAAAACUUUUUUUUUUAUUUAUGUUUAUAAGUAAUAGUAUUUUAUGUUUAUUAAUAAUAGUAUUCAAUCUGGUCUGCUGUUUUCAGUUAUACACUAGGAUAGAUCUCAACACAAGUUUGAGUAAUUAUGUUCGUGCAUAGUUCUAUUAAAGUAGCUAACUGUUUACGAUCUUCAACCGAUUUACUUUAUCGAAAUUUACUACUUGGUUGCUUGCAAGCAAGAUUUAUCAAUUUAAAGCCGAGACUUAAAGAAUUUAUUCAUUGCGACUAUGUUGACUCAAUGGAUUACGGUAUAUACGCUUUGACUACAGGUUAUAUAAAAGAAUCUGCAAUGGAAGCAGCUCGUGUAGCCAUAAUUAGAAAAACUAAAUCUCGCCAAGUAAAUAAAAUUGUUUCAGAGUCGCCAUUUACAAAAAAACCUUUAGGAACGCGCAUGGGCAAAGGUAAAGGUAAGUUAGAUUAUUGGGCAUCUUCAGCGGUUGCUGGUCAGUGGUUGUUUGAGUUCAACUGUGAUAAUGAACUUAUGGCUAAAGAAGCAUUUAAUCAAGUUUCCAAAAAAUUGCCCGUUCGAGUUCAUCUGCGAAAACGACCGAUAGAACCAAAACAAGUUUUGCACGGAGAUCGAUUAAUAAACAUGUUUCAAAAUGAUAAAGAAAGAACUAAACGACUGCAAGGAGAAAUAUAAGUAUAGGAUUUUAAAUGUAAAAUUAUAAUUAUGCGUCUUUGUCAAGCGGGAGGAUUUUGGAAUUUUUGUUCCCUUCCCCUUGACAGUAAAAUAUUUUAAUUUUGUUA